AUGAAAAUUGACAUCCACACUCAUAUUCUACCAAAGGAAUGGCCCGAUCUAGAAAAGAAGUUCGGCUAUGGAGGCUGGGUGCAGCUCCAACAGCAAGGCAAGGGAGAAGCAAGGAUGAUGAAAGAUGGGAAGGUCUUCAGAGUGAUCCAACAGAACUGCUGGGACCCGGAAGCUCGUAUCAGAGAAAUGGACCAGAAAGGAGUGACAAUACAGGCUCUUUCCACGGUUCCUGUCAUGUUUAGCUACUGGGCCAAACCUAAGGAUACUUUGGAGCUGUGCCAGUUUUUAAACAAUGACCUAGCUGCCACCGUUGCCAGAUACCCUCAAAGGUUUGUGGGUUUGGGGACAUUGCCUAUGCAAGCCCCAGAGCUGGCCGUCGAGGAGAUGGAGCGUUGUGUGCGAGAGCUAGGAUUUCCUGGAGUCCAGAUUGGCUCCCACAUCAACAUGUGGGACCUGAAUGACCCGGAACUCUUCCCUGUCUACACCGCAGCUGAGAGGCUGAACUGUUCUCUGUUCGUGCAUCCCUGGGAUAUGCAGAUGGAUGGUCGAAUGGCCAAAUACUGGCUGCCUUGGCUCGUAGGGAUGCCAUCGGAGACCACCAUGGCCAUCUGCUCCAUGAUCAUGGGUGGGGUGUUUGAGAAGUUUCCCAAACUCAAAGUGUGCUUUGCACAUGGAGGUGGUGCCUUCCCCUUCACAAUAGGAAGAAUCGCCCAUGGAUUCAACAUGCGCCCAGAUCUCUGUGCCCAGGACAAUUCAUCUGACCCCAGGAAAUACCUUGGCUCCUUCUACACAGACUCCCUGGUUCACGAUCCUCGGUCUCUGAAGCUGUUGACAGAUGUCAUAGGAAAGGAUAAAGUCAUUCUGGGAACUGAUUACCCCUUUCCACUAGGUGAGCAGGAGCCCGGGAAGUUGAUAGAGUCCAUGGGAGAAUUCGACGAAGAAACAAAGGAUAAACUCACAGCUGGCAAUGCCUUGGCUUUUUUGGGUCUUGAGAGAAAACUAUUUGAAUGUCACAAUUAACCACAGAAAAACAAACUUCGAAGAAGCUACAUCACUUCUGUCUUUGAACAUGAGUCAUACACACAUCACUAAAAUUCUAUUUUGAAUUAUGUUACCCAAAAAAUGGAAUAUCCCCCCUCAGGACAAUGCAGGAGGAUCAGGAAUUCAAAUUCCAGGCCAGUCUGGGCUACAUGAGACUGUCUUUAAAUGAAAAGGGGUGAGGAGUGGAGGGGUAAUAUUCUCAAAUAUUCUAACUUAUUAAUAAUAACAAGAUGUUUCAUAAGGUCUUUAUUCUGAAAUGUAAUGUACUGAAAAGCAGUACAUUGCUACAUAUGCAAAUAAAAACUAUUUAAUUUGGAGAUUUAAAAUUAAUGUAUAAUUAAUGAUCUACAUAGAGAAAAUCCAACACCAGCCUUACUCUAGAAGGCUCAGGUGCAUUCUCUACUUUGAUCCAAGAUACGGGAAUUGUGCUCAAGUAAUCUGUUUUUUCCAGUUGUAACACUUUGCAAUAGUCUAGUCAUUCCCUGGGAAUGUUUUUGUCUUUGUAAACUACACACAGGAUAUGUGCAAACUCAAAAGCUAAUUAAGAAAGUAAGGCAAAUGCUCAUGGAAUAAUUGCUGAGUGAUCCAACAGAAAGCUCAAAAACACUUCAGUCCAAUUUAUUUUAGUCUCCCAGAGUCUGGCAGAUCUUAGAACUUGGGCUGAGUCCAGGAGGAUGGAUGGACACUUCCUUAAAAAGUAAAAGGAUGGUGGGCUGGGCAUGGCGGUGCAUGCCUCUAAUGCCAGCACUCAGGAGGCAGAGGUAGGCAGUGGAUCUCUGAUUGAGGCUAGCCUGGUCUGCGUAACAAGCUCUAGGCCAGCCAGCCAAGGAUACAUAGUGAGAGUCUGUCUCAAAAAUAAAUAAGUAAGUAAAUAAACAGAAGAGGGAAGGUAGAUCAGAAGAAAAUGAAGAAAAAGAAGCUAUGGGGACAGAGGUGUGACUUCGGAGUGGAUGAAACUUGUUCUAAAGGGAAUUUCAUCUGUAAGUUUACUUUUAUCAGAGCAGGAGGUGGAGUGAGCUCUGGGGAGUGAGUGGGUGACACCAUGAUGCCCUUUGUUCAAGGCCCCACCGGUCCACCUGAGUCGCAGCGAAGGGACAUGGGCCUGGGGCAGGGUAGCACGCAGCAUCUCUCCUUCACAUCAGAUAAUCUUUCCAUACUACCCUCUUAACUUGGGAGGCAUCCUUGCUUUUCUUCCCAUUGUUCUACAAAAGCAGGCUCACUGUUAAUGCACACCUUGUGGCGGCUCUGCAACAGAGAAAGAGGGGACCUAAUUCCUGCUCCCUGACUCCCGUUCUCUUAUUUCCGCCAUCUGUGCUUCAAUAACCCCCUCCUUCCGGCUCCUCUCAUUGCUUUCUAGAAUUUUCCCCAACUAUCACUCUACUUACUACUCCAAUCUGUCUUGAAAGAAAAAUAAAGUUGAACAAAGCAACAAUCGGAAGCAUAUGUUACUGUUUUCCACCUUCCCCAAAUCUUUGGAAGAAAUGUCUACUCCUUUUCAAAUAUUUCAUGUCUGAGAACUACACACAUAAUAUUUUUGUUAGUUACUUUGCUUCACUGUGACCAAAAAGGACACACAAAAAACUCAAAGGAAGUUUCAGUCCGUUGUGGUGGGAGAGGGAGGCCUGGCAGAGCAGAAUAGCUCACACUACUGUGGGACAGCGGCAGGGGGAGAGAAGGCCUGGGGUCAUGGACUUGGUCCUUUUUCCUUUUUUCAGUCUGGGACCCAGCCCAUGGGAUGGUGUCACCCACAUUCAAGGAAGGUCACUGUCUCUUAGUCCUCUCUGGAAGGGUCUUCACAGACACAUCUAGAAGUGGGCUUUAGUAAUCUCAAGAUUAACCAUCCCAAGUCAACCUGACAUUCCAACACAUCUCCUUAUACCAUAAGAUUCAAUCCCUCCCCAACCCCAAUGCUCCAAAGCUCUAGUCCAGUCUCCCGAGACUGGGGCAAACACUUAGCUGUGUGCUCUGCUAACAUCAAGGUAUAUAGUCCCAAGUACCUAUCAAAAACAUUCCCAUUCCCAAAGUAAAGAAUCCAGGAAGGAUCUGCCCAAAGCAAGACUGAAACCUGGCAGGGCAAAUAUUAAAUCCUGUAGCUCCACGUCCAGUACCCAGAGCUCAUAGAGCUGUGCCAGGGCUUGGGAAAAUCAGUCCCCAUGGUCUUGCCAUUCCCAAGCCACCUAGCCUCUCUUGGGCUGGCUCCACACUGCCCAAUACUUUCCUCAGGAGAAUUCCCAACUUCCUGACAUCACCAACAUCCUGGGUUCUCCACAACAUUCAUCCUAGAUUUCACUCUCACAGAUUCAUGCACUGCCCUCUAAGGAGCUGCCUGCAAGGACUCUAACAAUGUUACACAUUGCCUAGCCUCCCAGACUCUCCUUUGAAAUCUGGAUAGAGGCUUCUAUUGUGAGAGUCUGUGCAAGGAAGCAGUAAACUUACUGAGAACUUUGGAUGGGGCAGAAUGCAGAACGUUCUUCCCACAAGGUGGCCUUCUAGAAAGAAAUGUACAAACUAUGAUAAGUGAAUGGACUUGAGAGCAAGGACAUGAAGGGAGUAUCUGGCAUGUCCACAUUCUCUCUGUGGGAAAGGCAAAGGCCUGGGAGGAAUACUCUUGACUCUUUUCACGUGACCAAAGAUAAGACAUAAUGCCAAAUGUAUUCCCAUGACGUAUUUUCUUAAGCUAACCAUGAACAUCACCUCAUGUUUUGCUUGCUUUAAUAAUAAAAAUGAGAAGUGCUUUGCUUGCUCUACUCUUGAGCUCAAGCACCUAGGGUCCCCUGGUUGACCCCACAUAUCAGAUCUUUGGAAUAUCCUUCAAUCCCAGAGACUUAGCCCUGGUGGCAACGGCGUGGGCUGACAUCCAUGACUCUGCAACUCUUACAUUUUGUUUGCCUGCAGACCUAGCAGCAUGUGGACAACAGCAGUGUCUGCUUCCAGCCUGAGCAGUAGCUGAGCCCCUCUGACCACAGAUGGAGGGGCCUCCUGAAGGAACGCCUUAGAAAGCGCUGCGUUAGUUCUCUACUCCAGGGACAGUCUAUCCAAUUAGUUUGCAUCUCUGUAUCCUUGUAGCUGUGAUGAGUGGGAGCUCACUGAUUGCAUAGAUUCAAAGUAUCUUUUCUACUGUCCUGGUGCAAGAUACUUGGCUUUUUUUUUUAAAAGACAAUCUCAAGUAUCCUAGCCUGACCUUGAGUUCAACUCACAAUGUAGCCAAGUAUGUCCUUGAACUUCUGACUCCUGUCCACCUCACCACCACCACCAGUGCUGGUUACAGGCUGUGCCACCACGCCCAGUCUGUUUUUAUGCAGUGUUGGGACAGAACCAGGGCUUCAUGCAUCCUCAAUGCACUGUCUGCCGACAGAGCACCCACACCCUCCUGGGUUCUUUUUAAGAGCCUAAUCUCUUCAAACACCAUGCUUUCUUAAGCCUUAUUUUGGAACACCAUCCUUUUCUGACCCAAUUCUUUUUCAAAUCUUCUCUGCUCUCUUGUUCCCAGUUCUCACUAUAAAACUAGUUAAAAGCAGCCAGGAAUGUCCAUUCCAAAGCUGGGAUAAUGGGCUGCCUUCAAAUUUCCUGCUCCAGUUUAACUAGUCUAUUACCAAUCAAUCCAGCCUCCCAUAGACUUAGAGCAUAGACAGAAUCUAGGCACCAUAACACAAAUGGCCUCUAGGCUCCAAUUCUCAGUAGCGCCCUUGUUCCCAGCCACAGGCUCACCCAUUCUCACUGGCUCUCUGCCAGGAGUUCUGUCGGCAUACUCCCAAGCGUUCUAGAGCCGGCUUCCCGACAUCUUCCUUCCAAUCAGUUCUUCUCAACCACAGUCAGUCAGUGUCAGCAACAGCUCCACUUCCCCAGUACCAACUUUCUCUACUAGUUACUCUUCCGAUGGUGUAAUCAAGUACAAAAGAAACAACUUGAACCAAAAGGUUUCUUCCGGCUCAGUACCAGAGAUUUCAGUACCAGGUAUGACGGGGUGGAACACGGUAGUUCAUGCCACAGUGACCGGAGAGCAGAGAGGGUACCUGUGGUAAGGGGAGUUUCUUUCUUCCCUUUAUUCUAUUCCAUUUGCGUUCAGGAGGGGUCCUUCCCCAGGUAAUUUCUCUCCGGAAAGGCCCUCACAGGCAACCCCAGAUGUGUGCCGUACUAAUCUGCUAGACACUUAUCAAUCCUCCCAAGAUGACAGUCCAGACCAACCACAGGAUAUGACUGGUUAUCAGGUGACCUGAUUACUUUAUUCAAUGUCACAAAUAUAUGCAGGUAUUACAGUAGUGUUAAAGGUCCAUUAAGGGAAAUGGUAUGGAAUUAAUGGCCUAGAGACCUAAGAUUACAGCUAGCCUGGUCAAAUGCCUGGCUAAGGAAUCACCCCUCUGAAAGGUGGGCUCAUCUUAAGGCAAUGACUCUCAACCUUCCUGACACUAUGACCUUUUAAUAUAGCUCCUCGUGUUGUGGUGACUCCAACCAUAAAAUUAUUUUCAUUGUCACUUUAGAACUGUAAUUUUGAUAGUUAUGAAUUUUAAUGUAAAUAUUUGUGUUUUCAGAUGGUCUUAGAUAACCCCUGUGAAGGGGUCAUUAGAUUCUCAAAUGGGUUGCAACCCACAGGUUGAGAACAACUGCCUUCAAUUAUGCUAAAGGGAUGGGAAAAAUAUUAAGCUUGGAAUGAAGUUGUGUACUUUCCCUUUCCAGAUCUCUGCCCUCUGCAUAGGUACUUAAGGGCCACAGCCAGGCAGCCUCAUUAAGCCUAUCAGCUUCUGAUAUUUGCCAAAGCCUAGGCAUGCUAAUACACACACACACACACACACACACACACACACUGGAAUUUCUCCUUCUUUCUGUUAGCUCUCCUCUUUUAGCCAGGUAGCUUACAAACAGCAUGGCUUUUUUCUCAUCAUCUUCCUCCUCCAGGUAGAUACCAAGGUUUAUAGCUUGGUGGCCCUGCAUUUUUUUUUUCUCCUUAAACCCUAAUAAAGUUGUCCUUAAAGUUUCUUCUGAGUCUUUUAAAUUUUUUUAUUAGCAUACUAAGAAACCCGAGAAGUAACCACAGUUUCCCAGGUAACAUGUAGCACCCCAGUGGAGUACCCCAAAACUUCUAGUAACAUAGUAGAUGCUCGUAUUCAUCUUCACAAGAACAUUUUUCUAUGUGCCAGGGAUUCGAGAAUGUUCUAGGCACUGGAUGGGGAGGGUGUAUAGAUGUAAAAAAAAAAAAAAGGGAUGAAAUUUGAAAA